AGACUUGGGCUUUACACACACAGUCAAGCUUUACAAUGCCUGAAGGGAACGUUCAGCACUCCAAUGAUGGUGGUGAAGAGCCAAAAGAGAACGCUAGGCGCUCGCCCACGGCCUGCUUCGGAUCCGCCCUCAUUUCCAGCAAGAUCCCGCCGCGGUGUAGGGGACUCGACGGAGAGGGAGGCGUUAUCCUAGGCAUCGACGAGGCGGGAAGGGGGCCUGUGCUGGGCCCCAUGACGUACGGAGCAGCGUACUGGAGCUGCGCCGACGACAAGGAGAUGUCGGCCAAGGGUUUCGAUGACUCGAAGGCGUUAACGUCGGACCAGAGGACGAGCCUCUUCGAUCGAAUUGAUAGGACCCCCGAGGUAGGCUGGGUCCUACGACUCAUCUCCGCUCGAGAACUGUCGGACAAGAUGUGCCGGAAGGUGCCCUACAGCCUCAACGUCAUCUCGCACGACGCCGCCGCCGAACUGAUCCGAGCGGUGCAAGCGCGGGGCGUCAAAGUUACCCAAGUGUACGUCGACACGGUCGGGGACCCGGCCUUCUACCAAUCCAAGCUGGAGAAGGAGUUUGGCAAGGGGAUCAAGUUCGUUGUGGCCAAGAAGGCGGACAGCCUCUACAAGACUGCCAGCGCUGCAAGCAUCGUCGCCAAGGUCACUCGAGACCGAAUCGUCGAGGGGUGGCAGUGGUCUGAGCCCAACCUGGACUUCAGCGAGGACAGGAAGUACGGGUCCGGAUACCCCGGGGACGAGAAGUGCAAGAAGUGGCUCGAGUCGAACGUUGACCCGGUCUUCGGAUUUCCGGACAUCUGUCGCUUCAGCUGGGGCACGACGAAGGAGAUUCUCAAGGGGCCCACUCGGAAACGGGUGGAUUGGGAGGAGGAGCCAGACGAAGAGGCGGCAGGCAUGAAUUCCAUAGCGAGCUUCAUGGUGCAGCCCAAGAAAAAAGCCCGGGCUAAUCUGUUCGUGAAACGAGGGCUCGAGUUGGUAGACACCUUCUAG